AUGGCGGAGAUUCUUUCGGUAAGCCAGCAGAAAGGCGACAUUUCUUUUCAUGCUCCAAAGGUGUCGGCAAGCGAAGCGACCAAUGGCCCGGCUUCAACAGAGCGCGAGCGAGACAAUGCUGAUACGAAGACGGUCGAUAACUCGUCUGGUCAUUUGGUGAAAUCGCCAAUUUCCAGCGUUCAGUCGAGUGGUCAACAUUCCCUGCACUCCGAGUCGAAAUGGACAUCGUUUGACGAAUCUGAACAGGAAGAUUCAUCCUUAGAGUAG